AUGCUUUCUCAUGUCGUGCUUUUAGUUGUUAUUAUCUCUGUAAAGAGCGGUUUUUUGUGUUCAUCUGGAGUGGCUAAAUAUAAGCUUACCAAAGAAAUGUCACAGACAAUUCGAUGGAAGUAUUUUUUUCCAACAAAUGAACAACCUCAAGUAUUCUCAUCCGGUGAUAUUGCUUUUAUUCCAGGAAAAUAUGUAGUUGAGAGUUCCGACCAAUUUCUUACUGUUGUUGGGAACCCUAAAUGUGAAUUCAAUACCACUGAUGUUCCCAUCUGA